UUCUCUUCAACAUUCCCUUCAAGAUGGAGACAUUUAGGGAUCAGGGGUUCUCUGCUUCCUGCUGCGUAUCUACAGUUCCAAAUGAGUGGAAUUACAUUAUCAUAAUACCAGCAGAAAAGAGUCUGACGGAUCAGGUCCUAAUUGUCUGAGUUGGAAUUCUGUCUACAGAUACAGUGGGUGAAAUCCCGGUCCCAUUGACUUCAAUGGCAGAACUCCUAUUGGCUUUGCUGGGACAGAAUUUAACCUCAGAACUUCUGUUGGAAGUAAUUUUGAAGAAGACUGUGAAGCUCUUGCUGUUCUUAUAGUGUCAUUUUGUUCAAGAUAAUCUCCUUCUGUUUGUCCCAACCAGUCCCUGAAUUCUGUGCAGGCAAUGAAUUAAACAGUCUCUCAUUGCAGUUUGAUCAAGGCGGCGCACCCGGCUUCGGCAGAGAUGAAUGAAAGCGGCUCGCUCGAUGGAACCGGGGUCCCUUUAGCCCGCGUUCAGGCCAGCGAUGGCAACUCUUCCCUGGAGCUCUCCUCGCAGCUCCCCGUCUUUGCCAUCAACCCCUGGGACGUCGUGCUCUGCAUCUCCGGGACUAUCAUCGCCUGUGAAAAUGCCAUCGUGGUGGCCAUUAUAUUCUACACUCCCACCCUGAGAACCCCUAUGUUUGUGCUCAUUGGGAGCCUGGCCACAGCGGACCUACUGGCUGGAGUUGGCUUAAUCCUGAAUUUUGUUGUUCAAUAUGUGAUCCAGUCAGAGACCAUUAGCCUUAUUACCGUUGGAUUCCUAGUUGCCUCCUUCGCUGCUUCUGUGAGUAGCUUGUUAGCCAUCACAGUCGAUCGUUACCUUUCCCUGUACAAUGCACUGACUUAUUACUCAGAGAAGACUGUCCUCUGCAUUCAUAUGAUGCUGAUCGUUACCUGGGGGGUGUCCCUCUGUUUGGGACUACUACCUGUUCUAGGCUGGAAUUGUCUAGAUGACUAUUCAUCAUGCAGCAUUGUCAGACCCUUGACCAAAAGUAAUGUGACUUUACUGUCUGCCUCUUUCUUUUUGGUUUUUAUCAUCAUGCUUCAUCUGUACAUUAAAAUCUGCAAAAUAGUUUGCAGGCAUGCACAUCAGAUAGCUCUCCAGCAACAUUUUUUGACUGCAUCUCACUAUGUUGCUACUAAAAAAGGAGUCUCUACACUUGCUAUAAUUAUUGGGACCUUUGGAGCAAGCUGGUUACCGUUUGCAAUCUAUUGUGUAGUUGGAGAUCUUGACUACCCUUCCGUGUACACUUAUGCCACACUUCUACCUGCUACUUACAACUCUAUGAUCAAUCCUAUCAUUUAUGCCUACAGAAACCAAGAAAUUCAGAGGGCCAUGUGGGUUCUUUUUUGUGGCUGCUUUCAGUCUAAAGUGUCCUUUCGUUCAAGAUCACCCAGUGAUGUCUAAGAGACUUUUCUUUUUGUAGUGCUGCCCAAAGAGACAAUCUACUUAGUGAAUUACAGUGCCUGUAAUGAACUAGAUCCAUGUUGUGAAGUUGUUGAAAACAUGCUUAAACAUUAGCACUUUAUGUAUAUAUAUUUGUAUUAUUUGGAAUGUUCAGGUAUGGAGCUUUCAGUUCUGUAAAAAAUGUGGUUGCAUACAAAAUGGUACAUCAUAUUUGUAAAAUGAAGACAUUCCAAUACUGCUUAAUUAUAGCACUUUAUUUCUAGCUGCUGAACUGCCAAACAGUGUUGCCACUUCCAAGGGCAGAGA